AUGCUGCUCAGGAAGACCAGGUCCCCUGAAGAAGUCGCUGAAGCUACCGAGGAGGUCAGAAGAAGAGACGCGGGGGAGUUCAACUCCGAUCCGCUCGAAUACAUUUCGAGCGAGAGAAGCAAGAGUGAUUCCUCCGCGUCAGCCAAGAUCCUCCCAGUGGUGAGUGGCAAGAAGAGGCAACUAAGCUCGUCGGCCGAUGCAUCAGACGAGAGAACUACGCCAGAGGGCGAGAAGAAACGGAUGCUCGAAUGA